AUGGAUCUCGAAAGCCUGACAAAGGAACUGACUGGACUGCUCGUUGCCGGUGAUCGGAUACGGAGCCUGCAAGCAUGCUAUAGCGAUGUUUGUGCUGAAGAAUGUUUACUGAGUGAAGUUAAAAACCAUUUGGCAAAUUGCCAGAAAACUGAAGAGGAUCUCGAAAAUGAACGGAAAUCUCAUGCAGAGGAGCUCAGACAGAUAAAUCAGGACAUUAAUCAGUUGGAGGAUAUUUUGAAGACGUUACGGUCGGAACGCGAAACAAAACGAGCCAGACUAACGCGACGUAUGGACGAGUUACGGGUAGCAAUGAAUCGGGCCAACGAAAGUAUACGGGCUGCCGAUAUAAUCAGUAUUUCGUUUGAAGAAACCGAUGGUAUACCUAAAGAGCUAUUGGAAAGUUUAUUUGCUCAAAAUCCUGCCAAACAUUCGAUCGCAUCGUUGUCACUUCUUGGAUCUCAAUUUCCUUGGACAUCAGCGCUGUCGAUGAUAUCAAAAGCACCAGCUCCUGAAGCCAAUAAAAUGAAGACGUGUGAGAGCUGUGGUGCACAGAUUCAUCGAAAUGCUCCCACAUGUCCUAUGUGUAAGACCAGAAGUCGGAGUAAAAAUCCUAAACGAUCGAAAAAGAAGGACGGUUGA